AAAAAAAAAAAAAAAAAGCCACUUCCUAAGUAGCAGCAGUGAGUCGUGCGCUCCUGGAAACUUGUGCAACAGACUGCUGACUUCAGGAGGCAUCUCUGGCUGUCUGUGUCCGUCUGUCCGUCUGUCUGUCUGCUGCCGGGCUGCUCUCAGGAAUGCAGCGGGACGUGUGAGGAAGCUGCUCCUGCUCGAGUCGGACAGAUCUUUUCCAGUGUCCAGCCAUUGUGAGGGGCUGCGGUGAGGAGAGAAUGCUGACCAGGCUGCUUCUCCAACAAGUCACUCCAAACUUCUCAUCAGCGACCUGCGAGGAUUAUUAAAGGACUGAGAGCCUCGCGGCGACCUCCUCCUCCUCCUCCUCUUCCUCCUCCUCUUCUUCUUCUUCAUCAUCACCAUGGGCUGCAGCAAGGUGACGUGGGGGGUGGUCGGGGCGGCUGUCGUCAUCACGUUAAUAACGAUCCCCGCGGUGUACUUCUCCAACAAGUCUGGGGGGGCCAAGCGGCCGUACACAUUUGAAGAUUACUUCAAUGACACCAUUAGGUGGAAAUCCUUCAAUGUGUACUGGAUAUCAGACAAGGAGUAUCUGCAUAAAGACAGAGACGGGAAUCUCUUCCUCUACAACGCUGAAAUAAAAGAGCAGUCUCUAUAUCUGAGCAAUUCAACCUUUGCUCAAGUGGAUGCCUCAGGUUACUUGUUGUCAGGUGAUUAUAAAUACAUCGCUUUUGAGAGCAAUUACACAAAGAAAUGGAGACAUUCGUACACGGCCUCUUACUCCAUCUACGACAGGGAGAGCUCGAAAUUUGUGAUGCCUGUGACUCUUCCCACCACUGUGCAAUACUUUGCCUGGGCCCCAACGGGAAACAAAUAUGCUUACAUCACAGACUACAACAUUUUCAUCAAAUCCGAUGUCAAUGCUGAAACUGUACAAGUGACCCACAACGGGAAAAAGAACGAGAUCCAAAAUGGAGUCCCUGACUGGGUAUAUGAGGAGGAAGUGUUUGCGUCAAACGGGGCGAUAUGGUGGUCAUCGACUGGAAAGUACUUGGCCUACGUAGAGUUUAAUGAUACAGACGUUCACAAAGUGGAGUUUUCCUGGUUCGGAUCUGAGCAGUAUCCUGAGACAGUGAUUUUUCCGUACCCAAAGGCUGGAUCUCCCCUCACCAAGGUCAAGCUGUUUGUUGUCGAUACCACCAAUCCAUCCCGUCGUACUCAGGUGGUCGCCCCUGCUUCUGUCGCUUCUGGUGAUCACAUUUUGUGCUCAGUGACCUGGCCCACAGACGAGCGCGUCGCUGUGCAGUGGCUCACAAGGAAACAGAAUUACGUGGUCGUACAGAUCUAUGACUUCGAUGGAAGCAACUGGAGAGAAAAACAGAAAUUUGAGCAAACAAGCAAGACAGGCUGGGUCGGCCAUUACGUGCCACUACCUAUAUUCUUCGCCAAAGACAAUCUCAGCUUCUACAAAGUGAUGAGUGACACUAAGGGAUACAAACACAUUCAUUAUGUGAAAGAUGGCAAAGCAACACCUAUUACCUCUGGGAAGUGGGAAGUCAUCUACAUCUCCAAAUUGACAAAAGAUGCCAUAUACUAUGUGAGUAAUGAGUACCAAGGAAUACCCGUGAAGAGAAAUCUUUACAAGGUCAUGAUUGGAAGCAGCCCCUCCGCCCCUCAGUGCCUCACCUGCAGCCUGAAUGAGGACAGGUGUCAGUACAACUCGGCUUACUUCAGCUCUGACGCCUCUUACUACCGAGUGGACUGCUACGGACCUGGUCUGCCCCUCUACAAACUCAUCGACAACCGGGGACCAGGUGUAGACCUUGGCGUUCUUGAAGAUAACAAGGAUCUGGAAAACAUCCUGUCCGAAUUCCAAAUGCCAACAAUGAAGUAUGGCACACUAAAGAUUGCAGGAUUUGAUCUUUGGUACCAAAUGAUGUUACCACCAAACUUCAAGAAGUCUAAAAAAUAUCCUCUUCUUAUCGACGUGUACGGGGGCCCCUGCAGUCAGCGGGUGGACUAUCGCUUCAAGCUCAACUGGGGCACGUACCUGUCCAGCUCACAUGGGAUCAUCAUCGCCAGCUUCGAUGGAAGGGGAAGCGGUUACCAAGGCGAUGCAAUAUUGCACGCAAUCUACAAGCGCCUUGGGACGUUUGAAGUGGAGGAUCAGAUGACGGCUGUGAGGAAAUUCAUUGACAUGGGCUUUAUCGACAAAGACCGGAUAGCGAUUUGGGGCUGGUCAUAUGGCGGUUAUGUCACCUCGAUGGCCUUGGGUGCUGGAACUGGACUCUUCAAGUGUGGAAUAGCAGUGGCCCCUGUUGCCAAGUGGGAAUAUUAUGAUGCGGUGUACACUGAACGCUACAUGGGCACUCCCACAGACAACUCAGACUCCUACAAAAAUUCCUCAGUGAUGGCCAGAGCGAAGAACUUCAAAACAGUCAGCUAUCUUUUGGUCCACGGCACAGCAGACGACAAUGUCCAUUUCCAGCAGGCAGCACAGAUCUCCAAAGCUCUGGUGGAUGAGCAGGUGGACUUUGAGGCAAUGUGGUACACUGACAAGGACCACGGUCUCAGGGGAUCAGCCAUGCGUCACAACUACGCCCUCAUGAGUCACUUCCUGCAGAAAUGCCUCCUAAAUCCCAAAUAGAUGUGAAGAAUGUGACAGCAUUUAUAGGGAACAUUGCCAAAUUUGUUGUUGUUUUUUCAAUUUUUUUUAUAUAUUUUAUCUCACUGAUCUGAUCUAGUAUCAGGUUAAAAACUGUACAUUUGUUUUUUUAUGUGCAAUGGAUGUUUGAUCGCUCGUACAAAUUAGCACUUGUAUUUUUAUGUGGAAUUAUGGAAACAUUUGUCAAAAUAUGUGACAUUUAUAACUUACUAAAAAGCCAUUGCAUGCAUUUAUGGUUAAACGCCUUUUUUAUAUGUGAAUAUGAUGACAUACAAUAGAUGAAUUGCACUGCACUGAACUGGAGUGUUGAUUAUGAUUUGUGUCGCAGUCAUGUUCCGAUGAAAGCGGAAUAAACAUUGUUUGAAUUUA